GCUCUUUACGCUCGAAAAAUUAAACUCCAUCUCCGUCAAUGUCUUUACCACCAAAGGCCGUUCGAUCGUCCCUCUGCGCCUCGCCGACAACAAGAUGGAGAAGCACGUCAACUUGCUGUACGUGCCUAGAAACAACAAGGCACACUUUGUGUGCAUCAAGGGUCUUUCUCGGCUGGUGGGCACACAAUUGAGCAAGCACAAACAGAAAAAGUACAUUUGCGAUCGGUGUCUACACUAUUUUUAUACAAGGGAGAAAUUGUCGGUCCACAGCGUCGACUGCGGGAAGAUGAACGAAUGCGCAGUCAUUCUUCCCAACGAAGACAACAAAUGGCUGACAUUCCGCAACUACAACCGGAAGGAGCGGCUCCCGUUUGUGGUGUAUGCCGAUUUAGAAUGCACGCUGGAGAAGGAAGAGAGACAAAACCGUACCACAUAUGCCUACCAACAUCACAAGGCGUUUAGCGUAGGAUACUAUGUAAGUUGCGCUUACGAUAACUCGUUAUUUAGUUUUAAGUCUUAUCGCGGUGAGGAUUGCAUAGCGUGGUUUGUUAAUGAACUUCACGAUUUGGCACGCUGCGUGAAAGCGAUCCUUACCGCUGUUCCCAUGGUGGAUCUUACACGGAAGGAAUCGGAGAAAUUCCGUAGCGCCGUAAAUUGUCACGUGUGCGAGAAACCGUUUACACCGGAGGAUAUGCGGGUGCGUGAUCAUUGUCAUCUCACCGGGCGCUACCGAGGUCCCGCGCACUCGUCGUGUAAUUUAAAUUACAAAGAUUCCCACAUUAUCCCAGUAAUUUUUCACAAUUUAUCCGGGUACGACGCGCAUUUCAUCAUCAAAGACGUUGUCAAUGCCUGAAGGCAACGUCGAAUUGUUACCGUUAACAAAAG